AUGCAAGCGAACGAGCGUUUUGGCACGCGCGCCGAGUUUACGGUUUAUGCCCCGUCAGCAAGCACUGCCGACUACAAUAGGGAUUCACCAGGUUAUCCAUCCUCAAAACCAGCAGCCAGCACUUUUCCCAGCUCCUUCUUCAUGCAAGAUGGCCAUCACAGCAGCGACCCGUGGAGCUCCUCCAGCGGGAUGAACCAGCCCGGCUACGGGGGCAUGCUGGGCAACUCUUCUCACAUCCCCCAGUCCAGCAGCUACUGCAGCCUGCACCCGCACGACCGCUUGAGCUACCCAUCACACUCCUCAGCAGACAUCAAUUCCAGUCUUCCUCCGAUGUCCACCUUCCACCGCAGCGGCACGAAUCAUUACAGCGCGUCUUCUUGCACACCCCCUGCCAACGGGACCGACAGCAUCAUGGCCAACAGAGGAAGCGGGGCAGCGGGCAGCUCGCAGACUGGUGAUGCGCUGGGGAAAGCACUUGCCUCU